GGCCAAUGCCUUUUCGAGCAAUGUGCUUUUCUGGAUGCCCUGAACGUCUUCUCUCAAGCCUCUGAGCUCCAGCCUGAGAAAUCCUGCUUCCGUUAUCGAUGCAUGGCCUGUCUCCUGGCCCUCAAACGGCAUCACGAAUGCCUCUCAUUCGUCACCAAGGAGGUGAAGCAUGGAACCACCAACGCCGAUGUCUACAUCCUCCGGGCCAGGCUCUACAACUUCUUCCAGAAGCCCAACCUCUGCUAUCGAGACCUACACAGUGCCUUGCUGUUGGAUCCCAAGCACCCACAGGCCAAGGCGCUGCUCAAGGUGAUGGUGGGCCAGGCCCAGCAGGCACGCCAAGACGCCGGGAUCCUGGCCGUGCAGGGCAAGCUGCAGCACGCUCUGCAGUGCAUCACCCGUGCCAUCGAGAACAACCCUCUGGACCCCAGCCUCUUCCUCUUCCGGGGCACCAUGUACCGCCGGCUCCGGGAGUUUGACUCCGCGGUGGAGGACUUCCUGAAGGCGCUGGACAUGACCACCGAACACCAGGAGGACCUGGUGCAGCAGGCGCAGCGCCAGCUGCUGCUGGCCUACAACGACUUCGCGGUGCACUGCUACAUGCAGGGCGCCUACCAGGAGAGCGUGCUGCUGCUGAACAAGGCGCUCAAGGACGAGCAGCAGGAGAAAGGCCUCUAUAUAAACCGCGGCGAUUGCUUCUUCCAACUGGGCAACCUGACCUUUGCCGAGGCGGACUACCAGCAGGCGCUGGCGCUGAGUCCCAAGGACGAGGGCGCCCACUUGCGCAUGGGCCUGCUGCAGGAGAAGUUGGGCUUCUGUGAGCAGAGGAGCAGGCAGUUCCAGAAGGCAGAGAACCACUUUUCAGUGGCCAUCCAGCACAACCCCCGGAAGGCCCAGUACUACCUGCACCGCGCCAGGAGCCGGCAGCUCAUGCAGAACAUUUUUGGGGCCCGCCAGGAUGUUGCCACUGUCCUGCUCCUUGACCCCAAGCAACCAAAGCUGCUCCCGCUGGUGACCAGCCUCUUCCCUGGCAUGUCAGUGGAGGAGGUGCUUAACAGCCAGGUGGCCCACCUGGCCAAGCUGCAGCUGGAGCGGGUGGUGGAGGACAGCCUGCAGGCCAGCACGCCUCAGCAUAUCAUGGGGCAGCUCAAGGAGCGGGAACUGGAGCGCCAGAGGGCCCGGGCCCUGCAGCUCUCGUGGAAGCGGGGGCAGCCUUUGGUUGAGACCUCCCAAGAACUGGAGGCCACUCGCCAGUCCCUGAAGGCAGAGCCAGAAGGCCCAGAGGAAGAGCCCAAGGCCCCCGAGGAGGAAAAGAAGAAGCUGGAGCCGGUCCCCAGCAAGGGGAGGUCCCUGACCGACAGCUACAUCAGCCAGACCUCUUCAGGCUCCAUCUUGAGCUUCAGGACCACAUCCACCUCACAGACGGAGACAUCCGCCAUCUGCCAGGAAUACAGGAGCACUUCGACCACUGCUGUGACAUCCUCCGACUCCUCACUGCUAAGGACACACUCCUCAGACCUAGGGGACAACAGGGAAGACCUAAGCCUGAACCACAGCCCCAGAAAAACCAAGUCCAUCCCAGGCCACAGCCAGAGGGCCAGUGAGACCGAGGCCGCCCACGUCCAGAGCCGGAGACCCAGCGAGACUGAGGCCGCCCAGGUGCAGAGCCAGAGGCCCAGCAGGACUGAGGCCGCCCAGGUGCAGAACCAGAGACCCAGUGAGACUGAGGCCACCCACAUCCAGAGCCGGAGGCCCAGCAGGACCGAGGCCGCCCAGGUCCAGAGCUGGAGGUCCAGUAAGACUGAGGCCGCCCACGUCCAGAGCCAGAGGCCCAGCAGGACUGAAGCCGCCCAGACGCAGAACCAGGGGCCCAGCAGGACUGAGGCCACCCAGGACCAGAGCCGGAGGCCCAGCAGGACCGAGGCCACCCAUGUCCAGAGCCAGAGGCCCAGCAAGACUGAGGCUGCCCAGGUCCAGAGCCGGAGGUCCAGCAGGACCGAGGCUGCCCAGGUCCAGAGCCGGAGGCCCAGCGGGACUGAGGUUGCCCAGGGCCAGAGCCAGAGGCCUAGCAGGACUGAGGCCACCCAGAGCCCGAGGCAAAAGUUCAGCAAGACUAAGGCCACCCAAGGCUCAAGGCAGAGGCUCAGAAAGGCUAAGGGUGCCCAUCACUGGAGCUGGAGACCUAGAAAGGCUUGUGCCACCCAGGACCAGAGCUGGAGACUGAUCCAAAGUCCCAGCAAGAUCAAAACUUUCUAUGACCCAAGUUGGAGCCCCUGCAACACUGAGGCCACUGAGGGCCAGGACCAGAGCCAGAGGCCCGGCCAGUCCAAGGCUGCCCAGAGCUGGAGCCAGAGUACAAGCCCAAGUUCCAGCAGGACCGAGGUCACCUGGGGACUGAGCUCAAGUCUCAGCAACAUGCAGACCACCCAGGGCCUGAGACAGAACCCCGGCCCCAGCAGUUAGGCUGCUCUCUGAAUGCACCACUCAGCCCCUUCACUUUUUGCUGGGGUGUGGG